ACACUAUGUCCUUCUGGUUGAGUUUGUAUAGAGAUCAGUCACUAACAGUGGCGGUCGGUGAUGUUCAAGAUGAGGGAGGACGAUUUUAUUUUAUUUUUUAUGAGCAUGGCCUUAUUUCUAUUACAGCAUAUUGGAUGACUGUUAUUCAUAUUCCAUUCACCCAGUUCAAUGUAACAUUGAUAGGUUUAGGCUACUACAUGAUACUCAACAUUUCCCCUGUACCCAUCAUGAGGUUGCUACAACCUAGCCUAUGAAUAAAAGUUUACAACGUAGGUGCACAGGUCCAGAGAAAUUGGAGUAAUCAAGGUGACAGACAUUGACACAUUCAAUACAGCCUUGCACACUCUUGCCUGCAUGUGGCAGAUCUAGGGUGUAAUCAUUAGUCCAACAGUUGCAAACGUGAGUUUCUAUUGGACAAAUUCAUCCCCGUUUUGUUCCGUUUCCUUCCGUUUAAGAAACGUUUUCAACAGAAUCGGAGGAAUGAAUACACCCCUGAUCACACACAAACACAGUUCACUUUCAUAGAAGCUAAAUAUAAACAGCAUGAACCCUUUGAUUGUUGUAUAAUUCAUUCUCGCAUCUACGCACUCUCCUCCUCUCACCUUUUCCCUUCGCUUGUGGACUUCAGUGCACAACACAUCAGCUGUCUGUGAACAUGCGAAAAAACCUUUCCCAGCCAAACCUUCAUAUCAUAACCGCUAACCGCUACACACAGCCUACAUCGUUGUCACCAUAUUAACGCCAUACACAACAUAGCUACUGGAACUAACGCGUUAGUAAACCCUUCUACAAUCAUGGAGUACAGUGUACAGUCAUCAGCAAGCAGUUUAGCAGUUACACCGGCGUGCCCAGUUGGCAAUACAUUUAUAAAACCAAAAGCUUACCUUGACUUGGAAGAGUUCCAGUGUUGCAUAGCCAUAGCCAGCUAGCUAACAUAGCAUCCCUCUCUGUUUUGAGGUUGGUAUUUGAAUAGGCUAAACUAGCUAGCUGCAUUCGCUAGCUAAGUAAGUAGAAGUGAAAGUGAAUAUAAUAGGAAAUAUAGCUAGCUCUGUCUCUCUCUUGCUUCUCCUCCAUUUUUUAAGAAAUUAAUUUGUUCAAAACUGUUCAACUAUUGUCUUUCUCUUAAUUUGAGUCAACUACUCACCACAUGUUAUGCACUGCAGUGCUAGCUAGCUGUAGCUUAUGCUUUUAGUACUAGAUUCAUUCUCUGAUCCUUUGAUUGGGUUGACACCGUGUCAGUUCAUGCUACAAGAGCUCUGAUAGGUUGGAGGACGUCCUCCGGAAGUUGUCAUAAUUACUGUGUAAGUCCAUGGAAUGGGUUGAGAACCAUGAGCCUACUAGGUUUUGUAUUGAAGUCAAUGUACCCAGAGGAGGACGGAGACUAGCUGUCCUCCGGCUACACCAUGGUGCUACCCAACAGAGUGCUGUUGAGGCUACUGGAGACCUUCAUUGCAUACAUUUAGUAUAGUUUUAUCUAAAAAGGCUAACUUUUUUAAUGUUUCACUAUUUUUAUUUUUAUGAAAUUCACUGAGGAAGAUGGUCCUCCACUUUGUCUUAUGAGGAACCUCUACUGGUCACUAUGUCCUUAUGGUUGAGUUUCUAUAGAGAUUAGUCAUUAUGUCCUUAUGGUUGAGUUUGGAUAGAGAUUAGUCAUUAUGUCCUUAUGGUUGAGUUUGCAUAGAGAUUAGUCAUUAUGUCCUUAUGGUUGAGUUUGCAUAGAGAUUAGUCAUUAUGUCCUCAUUCUUCCACCCCUAGUUGCCUCAGGUCCAUAUUUGACUUCCAUAGUGUACAUGACCAUACCUUUACCGAUUUACCAUGGUGUUGACAUUAACCUGUAGAUACCUCAGCUGGUACACAAACUUGUUCUCAGGCGAGAUGACCUGAAUUCUAGCUGAGUUGACCUCUGACCCUUCCCCUGUGUCUGCCCAGGUACCGCCUGGCCCCAGAGCACCACUUCCCUGUCCCGUAUGAGGACGUGUACCGGGUGGUGAAGCACUUCCUCCAGAGGGUGGUGCUGGCCCAGUACACUGUAGACCCAGGACGCAUCGCUGUGUCUGGGGACAGCGCCGGGGGAAACCUGGCUGCAGCCGUGUCCCAGCAGGUUAGCUGUUAGUGUGUGUGUGUGUGCUAGCAGCAGUAUUAUCUAUCCACUGUUGUUUUGAUCUAUAAUUAGCUGAGAUUAGGAGGAGCCAUCCAAGGCUGCCGUACAGAACAGAACAGUAGUUCUAAUGGUCCUGUGUGUGUGUGUGUGUGUGUCUGCUUGUUUGUGUGUGUGUGGUGUGUGUGUGUGUGUGUGUGUGUGUGUGUGUGUGUGUGUGUGUGUGUCUGUCUGUCGUCUGUCUGUCUGUCUGUCUGUCUGUCUGUCUGUCUGUCUGUCUCUGUGUGUGUGUGUCUGCCUUUUUGUGUGUCUGUGUGUGUCUGUCUUUUUGUGUGUCUGUGUGUGUGUGUCUGCCUUUUUGUGUGUCUGUGUGUGUGUGUCUGUCUUUUUGUGUGUGUGUGUUUCAUUGUCUGUGUGUCUGUGUGUGUGUCUGUCUGUCUGUCUGUCUGUCUUCUGUCUGUCUGUCUGUCUGUCUUGUGUGUGUGUGUCUGCCUUUUUUGUGUGUGUGUGUGUGUCUGUCUUUUUGUGUGUCUGUGUGUGUGUGUCUGCCUUUUUGUGUGUCUGUGUGUGUGUGUCUGUCUUUUUGUGGUGUGUGUGUUUCAUUGUCUGUGUGUCUGUGUGGUGUCUGUCUGUCUGUCUGUCUUCUGUCUGUCUGUCUGUCUGUCUGUCUGUCUGUCUGUCUGUCUGUCUGUCUGUCUGUCUGUCUGUCUGUCUGUCUGCCUGCCUGCCUGUCUGUCUGUGUGUAUGUGUGUGUCUGUCUUUUUGUGUGUUUGUGUGUGUGUGUCUGUCUUUUUGUGUGUCUGUGUGUGUGUGUCUGUCUUUUUGUGUGUCUGUGUGUGUGUGUCUGUCUUUUUGUGUGUCUGUCUUUUUGUGUGUGUGUGUGUGUGUGUGUCUACAGCUGCAGCAGGAUCCAGAACAGCAGCUGCAGCUGAAGGUCCAGGCCCUGCUCUACCCGGUGCUGCAGGCUCUGGACCUCAAUACUCCGUCCUACCAGCAGAACCAGAACAUGCCUAUCCUGCCCCGCACCCUCAUGGUGCGCUUCUGGAGCGAGUACUUCACCAGCGACAAGACCUUCUUUAGGGACAUGAUGUCCAACACUCACACCAGCCCAGAGUCUGCUGCUCUGCUCAAGUUCGCCAACUGGAGUGCCUUCCUGCCAGAGUCCUACCGGGAGAAGUACAACUACAGCGCUCCGGUCGUGGCGUUGUCGGCGGGAGGGGGGGGGUCGGACGGGCCAUCGCGCUCCAUCGCUGACCCCCGGGCCUCGCCCCUGCUGGUCCCGGACGCCGCUUUACGCUCGCUACCCAAGACCUACGUGCUGACGUGUGAGUACGACGUGCUGCGGGACGACGGGGUGAUGUAUGCCACGCGCCUGCGCCACGCCGGCGUGGAGGUGACGCACGAACACUACGCCAGUGGUUUCCACGGCGCCCUCAUGUUAACCAUGUGGCCAACCGACUUCCUCAUUGGACACACAAUGAUGGACAACUUCAUCAGAUGGCUGCAGCAUAACUUGUAG